ACGAGGAAGCCGCGCUCCUCCCGGCCAGCGAGAACAGCUUUGAACCGGUUUGGUCGCCGGCCACAAAGCGGCAGGAAGCAGAAGAGGCGCAGUGCGCUGUGUUGUUGAUGCUCUUGCAUAGAAGCAGCAGCGGUGUCGCUUAUAAAGACGCCGCUAUAUAUAUAUAUAUAUAAAAAAGAUUUUUGUUGCUUCCUCUGAGUGAGUGAGUGACUUAAGUAAGCUGUUUGCUUGUUUCCAUCCAGGGGAGGUGCAUCCUAUCCAUGGAAAGUUCCCGCAGGGAGCGCAUCUCUGCAGGCACCGGCUGCUGAGGUCUUCCACCCACCCCUCCCACCCCCCACCUGUGUGAGACGCCGGCAGUGACCACAUCGCCGCCGACAUGGCCUCCAAGGCGCUGGACGGAGGCUGGGGGUGGGCCAUCGUGGUGGCCUCCUUCCUGGCCCAGCUGCUGGCCUACGGGUCCCCGCAGUCGGUGGGCGUCCUCUACCCCGAGUGGCUGCACGCGUUCCAGGAGGGAAAGGGCAUGACGGCCUGGGUGGGAUCGCUGGUGGCUGGAGUGGGACUCAUUGCCAGUCCCAUCUGCAGCGCCUGCGUGGACAACUUUGGCGCUCGCCCCGUCACCAUCUUCAGCGGCGUUAUGGUGGCGGGCGGCCUGAUGCUCAGUGCCUUCGCUCCCAGCGUCCACUUCCUCAUCUUCUCCUACGGGAUCGUCGUCGGUCUGGGUUGCGGUCUGGUCUACGCGGCCACGUUGACAAUCACCUGCCAGUAUUUCGACAAGAGACGCGGCCUUGCCUUGGGCAUCGUCACCACAGGCACCAGUGUGGGCGCUUUCAUCUACGCCUCAGCUCAGAAUGAGCUCAUCGUGCUUUACGGCCUGGACGGUUGCCUUCUCAUCAUCGGAGCUUUGGCGCUCAACCUCAUGGCCUGUGCCGGCUUCAUGAGGCCCCUCAACAUGCCGGGCUACUACCUCAAACAGAAGGCGGCCCUGGAGCGCAACAAGAAGGAGCAGCUCUUCGAGAAGCCCCAGUUGGACGACCUGAAGAUCGGAGCUGGCUCUGCUACGUCUACUCAGGAGAAAAGUCUCACGGUGAAGGAGCUUCUCAUCACAAUCGACGGCAAGGACUCCAGCAUUCAGGUGGAGAAGAAGAGAAGCAGCCUCCUGGCUCGGUUGGGCAUCAUGAAAGUGAUCAAGAAGAAGAAGCGGGCCUACUCCAAAUACAUGCAGUCCAUUUAUGAGAUCCUGCAGGACCAAGCCAUGGUGGCCUUCUGCGUUGCCGUCUUCCUGUUCAGCCUGGGAGCGUUCCCCCCCGUGCUCUUCAUUGAGGACGUGGCUCAGAGCCAGGGACUCAUCGAAGAAGUCAGCGUCAUUCCUCUGGUGUCCAUCGGCGCCAUCGCGACCUGCGUGGGCAAACUGGCGCUGGGUGUGAUGGUGGACAUCAGGUGGAUCAACAGCAUCUACCUGUAUGCCUUCACCAUGUUUGCAGGUGGCGCCGUGUUGCUGCUCAUCCCCGUCACCAAGAGCUACAUGGGACUGCAGAUCCUCUCCGCCAUUCUGGGAUUCUUCUCGGGAAACUGGUCCAUCACGUCCUACAUUACCACAAAGAUUGUUGGCUUAGACAGGCUCACACGAGCCCACGGAAUUGUCAUGUUCUUUGGGGGCUUCGGGAUCAUGCUCGGACCUCCUGUUGUUGGGUGGUUCUUUGACUGGACCCAAUCUUACGACAUGGCGUUCUACUUCAGCGGGAGCUGCGUGCUGCUCGGAGCCCUGGUCCUCUCCGUGCUCACGCUUCCAUGCUGGAAAACCAAACCAUCCGACAACGACAGACCGGACGUCCAGUACACGAGCAGCUGCGACAAAGUGGCCUCGGUAGCGUGAACACGAGCACAUUUUCGAUAAACGCUCCCAACAACACAAUCUGCUUAGCAACUCUUGUACUCGAAAGCACCUCUUGACAACGCCGGUGGUUCGCCCUGAUAAUUGCUGCCAAGCGUCAACGCACCAAAAAAACACAUUCUCCAUGCCAAUUACACGCACUGCACAUAUGAAUUAAACUUAACCUAGCCUCAUUUUACGAGGUUGGUUUAAACAAUACACAAUAUUGUCAAAUGGCCGCUCUCGUGUUGAAACUUGAAACCACUGAAAAUGCACAAAGACCUUGACUCUUGAGAGAGAGAAAGAGCGUGUUUGAGAAGCUUAACUUGAGCACCAAGUUUGUGUUUUGUGCUCGGACUUGUCAUCUACAUUGAAAUGACGCCAUGUUUAUCACCAAAGCAUCAAUGAUAGUCGACAUGUAACGUCUGUUAGAACAACACACACGCCUUGCAUUGUUCAUGUUUUACCUUUUAAGUGCAUUGACAGCUUUUUCAUUCAUUGGGUGCUGGAGCCUAUCCCAACUGUCUUCGGUCGCCAGCCAAUCACAGGGGCACAUAUAGACAAACAACCAUUCACACUCACAUUCAUACCUAUGGACAAUUUGGAGUCGCCAAUUAACCUAGCAUGUUUUUUGGAAUGUGGGAGGAAACCGGAGUACCCGGAGAAAAACCCACGCAUGCACGAGGAGGUCUGCGCGCUAACCACUCGACCGCCGUGCAGCCCUCAUUAUUCAUUUAAAUACAUUCUAAUGAAUACAAACAGUGAGCUGGCAUUGUUCAACUACAGGCUGGAACGACUAAUGCUGAAAAGACAGUGUUUCAAGAAAUGCUGCAUAUGUUUGACAGACACCACCAUCUAUCCACCUAUCCACGCACCCUGGAGGAAAAACCCCACGCAUGCACAUGGAGAACAUGCAAACUCCACACAGAGAUGGCCGAGCGUGGAAUUGAAAACCCUGGUCUCUCCUAGCUGUGAGGUCUGCGCGCUAACCACUCGACCGCCGUGCCGCCAUGAUCGUUUUUUUACUUAUGUAAAAUGACCAGUCGCAACAUUAGGUACACCUCCGCUGACUUUAUUUUUAUUGUUUGUGGAUGUGAAGCUGCACUGCAUCAUUGGGUUUCUAGUUUGGUUACAUGCAGUGUGAAUGUGUACCAUGGGCAUUCUCUUUUUAUGUUUUUUUUUUCAUUUUUGGGUAUACUGUAUGUAUGUAUCUGCACACACACACACACACACAUAGAACUUGUGUGCAUAAAGUGUUGUUUGAUAUACUUUUUAUAUUAGCACUAGUUUGUAAAGUCCAACGUACUCGUGACUUUUUUAUGCACCUGGCUGUAGAUCUGUUUAGAAUUGCUUAUGUUUGAAAUUGUGUACGUGCAAUCAUAACUAGAAUGUACCACUGCUAGUGUUUUUUUUUAAAAUGCCUUUAAUGUCUGUGAACUUCAAUACAUUGACCUUUCAGACACAGUUAUGUCUGUCUGUUUUCUUACACUUACUAUGUCUUUAUUUCUACUCUAUUUUGUAUUCAGUAUGUGCCAAAUAAAAUGUU